AUCACCGUCUUUUCCACAGGCGUCGCAGCGGAAUCGUCCUUCUUGGUAUUUGGGAGAAGGGAUUAAAGAGAGCUGGAGAUGGUUUCUGUCGAAAGGGUGUCUGAUUUUUUGAGACACAAUGGCUUCAAGAAAACCUGUUAAUCGCCCAUCCGUGAGGCAUCCGAGUCAUAACCAUCCGCUGCGUGUCUUUAAAGCUCGAGAGGAAGAUGAAGUCGUCUGCUCUGGAUGUGAGCUCGAGCUAACGGGACAAGCUUUCAAGUGUAUAAAGUCAGACUGCGAUUACUUCUUGCACAAGUCAUGUUUCGAGCUACCCCGUGAAACCAGUCACAAGUCUCACCCAGACCACUCUUUGACCCUGCUUCAUUCCCCGCCAUAUGGUGAGUCUUACACGUGUGAUGCAUGUGGUGAGUACGGAUCCGGAUUCACUUACAAUUGUUCUGAAUGUCAAUAUGAUGUUCAUGUCGGAUGUGCGUUUAUUCCGGAGACCUUAGAGCGCGAAGAUCACGAACACCCACUCACUCUUCUCUACAAUACACCAUGCAAAGAUCGUGAGGACAGUGCGAUGUUCACAUGUGAUGUAUGUGAAGAAGAUAUGUCGGAGAAUCUUUGGGUGUAUUACUGCAAAGAUUGUGAUUAUGGGACGCAUGUGCAUUCUUGCGCGGUUUAUGAAGAUCAUGAGCCAAAGAAAAGCGGAGGAGAAGAAGAAGAAGAAGAAGAAGGAUCAAGCUCGGCGGUUUCGAGGAUGAAGUCGCUCAUGAAGGCUCAAGAUGAGUUGGCGGCGGUGCAGCUCGAGUGUCGUAUGAAGAGAGACGCUAAUAAUGCUAUACUAGGUUUAUAUGAGGAGCCAAAGCGGAGAUAUUAUUGGUGAUUGAAUGAACGAAUGAUCAAUUU